GCCGGAGCGGCGGCGGCGGUGGACUGACUGACGUGGAAAGAUGGUGAAGGAAACCGGCUACUAUGACUUGCUGGGGGUCAAGCCGUGCGCCACCAUAGAGGAAAUCAAGAGGGCCUAUCGACGGCUGGCACUGAGAUACCAUCCUGACAAGAACCCCAGUGAGGGGGAGCGGUUCAAGCAGAUUUCUCAAGCCUACGAGGUGCUGUCGGAUCCCCAGAAGAGGUCGCUGUAUGACCGCGGCGGGGAGCGGGCCAUGAAGGAAGGAGGCGUGGGGGGAAGAGGAGGCUUCGGGCCCCCGAUGGAUAUCUUUGACCUGUUCUUUGGAGGAGGAGUCCGCAUGCACGGGCCCCGGGUGGAGAGGAGAGGAAAGACAACUGUGCACCAGCUGCCUGUGACCCUGGAGGAUUUGUACAGUGGCGCCACUCGGAAGCUCUCUCUGCAAAAGAACGUCAUCUGUCGGAGCUGUGGCGGCCGCGGAGGAAGGGAAGGCCUCGACACGCGGUGUUCCAAGUGCCACGGCUCUGGCGUGGAAGUCAUUGUCCACCAGCUGGCGCCGAACGUGGUGCACCACAUCCAGACAAUGUGCUCCCAGUGCCAGGGCCACGGGGAGUGGAUGCGGCCCCUGGACCGCUGCCUGGCCUGCAAUGGCAGGAAGGUCGUGCGGGAGAAGAAGGUGCUCAGCGUCCACCUGGACAAAGGCAUGGCAGACCGGCAGAAGAUCACUUUCCACCAGGAAGGAGAUCAAGUGCCAGGCCUGGAGCCCGGAGACAUCGUCAUUGUCCUGGACCAGAAGGAGCACCCGGUCUUCCAGCGCCGCGGCAACGAUCUGAUUAUCAAGAAGGAGGUUGACCUGGCGGACGCCCUCUGCGGCUGCAAGACAGUCGUCCAUACCCUCGACAACAGGCGGCUGCUCGUCACCUCACGGCCAGGGACCAUCAUCAAGCCGGGGGAUGUCAAGUGCAUUCCCAACGAGGGGAUGCCCAUCUACCGCAGCCCAACCCAGAAGGGGAAGCUCGUCAUUCAGUUCCAGGUGAAGUUCCCGGAGCCCGGCUGGCUCCCCACGCACCAGCUCCGCCAGUUCCAAGCCUUCUUCCCACGCCGCGAAGAGGUCAUGGCCACGGAGGACACGGAAGAGGUGGAACUGCGGGAGUAUUUUCCUCACCUGGAGUCCGGGAGGCGCUUCACGGGGGAGGCCUACCACGAGGAGGACUGUGAGGACCCCAUGAGGCACAAUGUCCAGUGCCAGACCUCGUAG